CGGCGACAGCCCCUUCUUCUCGCCCCGUGUCUCCGCUCGCUCGCUCGCAGCUCAUCGGCCGCGCUCCCGUCUCCGCUCGCCGCUGCUGCAGCCCCCGGCCCGCUCCGGUUCUGUCUCUCUCUCUCUUCGCCUGUGCCCUCUGGUCCCAGCGCUGCGCUGCGCUUUCCCCGCCGGCCGCCCCCGCAGCCUAUGGCCCUGGAAGGCGCCGCUGCCGCCGCCUGUAUUUCUGCUGUAGGUUCCCACAUCCCUCUUUAAAAAUUCCGCCUAAAAAGAGAAGACGAUUUACCAAAUCUUUCGGGCCGUUAUCUCACGGCAAAAUCUCUGAUCAAGUUUACAACUAUCCAGAGGGCUUAGGAGAAGUGCUUUAUAGAGAGCAGUUCGACUUCAACGCUGAGCCACCUUGGGAACCUAGCUGAUGAUAGUAGGGUUCCAUCUCCUAACUUGUCCAUUUUGUUGCAUAAUUUAAGGACCCGGAUUUAAGGCUUGGAAGCCCAUCCCUUGUGUUUCUUGGUUUAUGACUGUCGGCUUUGUGGAAUACGGCUGAGAUGAAAGGAUUUCUUGAGGAUGCAAAUUAUUCCAUUGGUCUGUUGGAUGAAGGAGCAACCCUUGCAGAUGUUAUUGACAACUGUAUUUAUGAGCAUACUCAUACUGGAAAAAAGGCAUUUUAUGUUGGAGAUCUUGGAAAGCUUGUAAGGAAUAACAUGCAAUGGCAGAACGUGAUGGCACCAAUAAAGCCAUUUUAUCCUGUAAAAUGCAAUUCUACUCCAGGUGUACUCGAAAUUCUGGGAACCCUUGGUGUUGGUUUUGCAUGUUCCAGUAAAUCUGAAAUGGCAUUGGUACAAGACCUGGGCAUUUCUCCUGAAAACAUCAUCUACACAAACCCUUGCAAGCAAGCCUCUCAAAUCAAGUAUGCAGCAAAAGCUGGGAUAAACAUCAUGACUUGUGACAAUGAUAUUGAGCUGAAGAAAAUUUCACGUAACCAUCCAAAUGCCAAGCUCUUACUGCACAUUGCCACAGAAGACAUUACUGCUGGUGAGGAGAUGAAUAUGAAGUUUGGCACCACCCUGAAGAACUGUAGGCACCUUAUGGAAUGUGCUAAGGAGCUGGGAGUCCAAAUAGUUGGUGUCAAAUUUCAUGUUUCAGGCUCUUGCAAGGAUCUGCAGACAUACAUUCAUGCUCUGUCUGAUGCUCGGUGUGUGUUUGACAUGGCUGAAGAAUUUGGCUUUAAGAUGAACAUGUUGGAUAUUGGUGGGGGCUUCACAGGUUCAGAACUUCAGCUGGAAGAGGUUAAUCAUGUCAUCAGGCCAUUGCUGGAUGUCUACUUUCCUAAGGAAUCUGGUGUUAAUGUGAUUGCAGAGCCUGGAUGUUAUUAUGUUUCAUCUGCAUUUACACUGGCAGUGAAUGUCAUUGCAAAGAAGACUGUUGAGUAUGAUAAACUUCUUCCUUCUGGAGUGGAGCAAACCAGGAAUGAUGAUGAACCAGUAUUUACAUAUUACAUAAAUGAUGGUGUUUAUGGUUCUUUUGCAAGUAAAUUGUCUGAGAAACUGAAUACUAUCCCAGAGGUUCACAAGAAAUACAAGGAAGAUGAGCCUCUGUUUGCAAGCAGCCUUUGGGGUCCAUCCUGUGAUGAGCUUGAUCAAAUAGUGGAAAACUGUCUUCUUCCUGAGUUGAGCGUGGGAGAUUGGCUGAUCUUUGACAAUAUGGGUUCUGGUACCUUGGGUGAACAGUCCACCUUUAACGACUAUCAGAGGCCACUGAUUUACUACAUGAUGUCUUUCAGUGACUGGGAUGAGAUGCAAGAUGCUGGAAUUGCUUCAGACACAUUGAUGAAGAACUUCUUCUUUGUGCCUUCGUGCAUUCAGCUGAGCCCGGAAGAACGCUUUUCCACUGCAGCUUAAAACAGGCAUUAACGCUUCAUUUAGACCUGCAGUUGCAAGUCUGUAGUUUGUCUGGUCAACAUUCCAAUGUGGAAGAAAUGGAACAAUCUUCAAUUCAAUUCAUUCUCUUCAAAACUUGAAAAAAUAGUAAUAGAGAUGGGGACCAGGCAAAACAAGCUACAGCUACAAUUCAUUGGGGGGGUGGGAGGGUUAGAUAAUGGUGUCCAAAUUUAAAAUCAAGUUCAUUCAACCCCUGAGCGUUAAAUAUGCAACAAAAUGGAUGACUUAGUGGAGAUGGAAACCCAUCACUUGGGUUCUUCAACAGUUUACAUACAAGUACACAGUUUUUAUACUAAGGAUUCCUGUUAGAAAAGUCUUGUAAAGUUAUUGUCUUUCGCCCAGAUAUAUCAAAUGUCAGUGGGAGACCAGUGUGACUUCAUUAGAUGUUUUAGUGUAUUUAGAAUGUGUAAAUUUGUGCUUUGAACUGUAGUUUAAUAAAUGUAAAAUUGCAUCAUAGUAUUUGUUGUAUUUGACCCGUGAUGUAUCCCUUGUAUGAUUGCAAUAAAACUUUGUGUAGAUUUUA